GUUUCGAUACAGUCCUGGGCUCUUGGAUAAAUAGCUGAGCAAGCGCCACUCUGCACAGCCACAUUAUGCCAUGUGGAUAACCGAGUGUGACAUGGAAAAACAUUAUCGAUAGCAGGCGCAACUCAGCGCAAGUCGCGCAUCGUUAGCUGCAGCCAUUACACCCGUUCAGUCGCGAUAUCAUUUCCUACAUUGGGGAUUACUAAACUCUUCUCGAAACAAACAUACGACCACCGCGACGAAAAUACUUCCACCAUAUUUCAUUCUAACCAACUCGAUAACCUCUCAGAACUCGAUAAGAUAAACCUUGUGCGACAAAGUUACGACCAACUGUUCUGCGCACUGCCGUCGUCGCCAUGUCGACCCUUGUCGACGAGCUGCUUCAGGACUUCGAGUCCGGUUCUGAAGCUGCCGAAAGCCCCGACCACGAUGACGGUCUGAUGGGUGACGAGGAGGGUGCGUCCUUGAUGGGCGGUGGCGGCGGGGACGUCGAUAUGGAUGGCGACAUGGACAGCUCGGAUGAUGAGAUGGGAGGCGUCGACCGGACAGAUCCGGAGGAGAUGAAGGCCAAGGUCGACAAGAUGCAGAUGGCUGGGAUUGGAGACAUUAGGACAGUCGCAACUCUCAUGAAGACUCUUGAACCCGUUCUCGAGAAAAUAUCACAUUAUCAGUCGCAACCACCUGAAUCACAAACAGGCGCCAUCGGCAACGUCGAGGAUCACCCAGAAUAUCAUCUCUUGACCCAGUCAAACAGCUUAUCAACCCAGAUUGAUAGCGAGAUCGUUCUGGUACACAAAUUCAUCAAGGACCACUACUCGGUGCGCUUCCCUGAGCUCGAAACUUUGAUCACCAAUCCUUUGGAGUAUGCAAAGGUUGUUGCCGUGCUCGGAAAUGGACCUCUCGAUGCAGAAAACAUCAAGACACUUCAGCUGGCGACGGACAACCCCUUGGGAGUAUCUCUCAAGUCUGUCUUGGAUGGACCUUCACUCAUGAUUGUCACGGUUGAAGCCACGACGUCCAAGGGUCAAGAUAUGUCACCGGAAGCCCUCGAGAGGGUAGUCCGGGCGUGUAAAAUGGUUAUCAGUCUGGACAAGGCCAAGAAGACGCUCACGGACUACGUUCAAUCGCGCAUGAACCUAUUUGCGCCUAACCUAACAGCAAUGGUUGGUUCGCUCACGGCAGCACAGCUGCUCAACACCGCCGGAGGUCUCACCGGUCUUGCCAAGACUCCUGCAUGCAACAUCGCUGCAUGGGGAUCCAAAAAGGGAGCAGGAGCGGCUAGUUUUGCCACCAAUGUUGGUGUGAGGCAACGCGGCUACCUCUACAACUCGCCUAUCCUUCGCCAGGUGCCUACAGACCUCAAAAAACAAGGACUUCGGAUAGUGUCCGCCAAGUUGAUACUGGCCGCCCGUAUUGACUGCAGCCACGAAGCCCCCGACGGAUCCAAGGGUGAGGAGUACCGGGAAAACUGUCUUAGCAGGAUCGAGAAGUUGCAGGAGAAGCCCCUGAACAAGGGUGCACGCGCCCUACCGGCACCUGACGACAAGCCUGCACGGAAACGAGGUGGUCGACGUGCACGAAUGGCCAAGGCCGCAACGGCCAUGACGGAUCUCCGCAAGGCCCAGAACCGGAUGGCGUUUGGCAAGGAGGAGAACGAGGUCGGCUACGGAACAGGAGAUUCAACGGCUGGCAUGGGUAUGAUCGGGCAGCAGAGCGACGGCAGGGUACGCGCCAUGCAAAUCGACAACCGCACACGAGCCAAGUUGUCCGCCAAGAACAAGGGCUGGGGCGGCAUAGCGACCUCUACGGGCAGCGGAGGUGCCGCGUCUUCGCUUAAGGGAUUCGGACAAACCGCCGGGAACCUGGACCUCAGGGGGAAGGGCUUGCGGGCAUCUGGAGUCGGAACCACACUGGGCUCGGGCGGUACCAUGUCGUCACUUGCCUUCACGCCGAUGCAGGGCUUGGAGCUUGUGGAUCCAAAGGUUCAGGCGGAGCUGGGAAGGAAACGCAAGGCAGAGGAAGACCGCUGGUUCAAGGGAGGAACUUUUACUCAGGUUGGAGGUUCAGGGGGCGGAGACGACGGCGUGUUCAAGAAACCAGCUCUGCCACCGGCGAAGAGGGUGGACACGGGUGCUACGAAGAAGUGAAAAUACACGGCCUGUUUUUAUUCUUCCCAAUUGUGGUUGUUUCAUAUUUCACCAGUUUGGAUGCUUAGGUAAGGCUUCCAUUAACCUUCCUUAAGUGCAAUCUUCAGGUAUGAGAAUGAACAAUCAGCAGACGUUGUUAAGAUAAGGCAGCUCACAAUAUAAAUAAUUUAAACUCUAAUCAAGUGUAUGUCUCCAUUUGCUUCUUAUAAUAUUCAGUCCUGUUAAAUCCGGUGUCAUGGAAUUCGAA